AUGAACGACCAGUACCACCGAGCAGCCCGGGACGGCUACCUGGACCUGCUGAAGGAAGCCACCAAGAAGGACCUGAACUCGCCGGACGAGGAUGGCAUGACCCCCACGCUCUGGGCCGCUUAUCACGGCAACCUGGACGCCCUGCGCCUGAUCGUGAGCCGAGGAGGGGAUCCAGACAAAUGUGACAUCUGGGGGAACACCCCCCUCCACCUGGCAGCAGCCAACGGUCACCUGAACUGCCUUUCCUUCCUCAUCUCUUUUGGGGCCAACAUCUGGUGCCUGGACAAUGACUACCACACCCCGCUAGACAUGGCAGCCAUGAAGGGACACAUGGAGUGCGUCCGCUACCUGGACUCCAUCGCUGCCAAGCAGAGCAGCCUCAACCCCAAGCUGGUGAGCAAGCUGAAGGACAAGGCCUUCCGCGACGCGGAGCGCAGGAUUAAGGACUGCGUGAAGCUGCAGAAGAAGCACCACGAGAGGAUGGAGAAACGGUACAAAAAGGAGAUGUCAGAUAGCUCUGACACCAUGAGCUUCUCUAGCUAUUCGAGUAGCACUUUGAGCAAGAAAUUCCAACACAUGUCUAUGGUGACUUCCCUGCCAUACUCCCAAGCCACCAUCCAUGGUACAGCCAAGGGAAAAACGAAAAUCCAGAAGAAGCUAGAGAAGAAGAAGCAAGUGGAUGGGACAUUCAAAAUAUAUGAGGAUGGGAGAAAAAGUGUGCGGUCUCUGUCUGGCCUGCAGCUAGGGAAUGAUGUCAUGUUCGUGAAACAAGGCACCUACGCCAGCCCCAAGGAGUGGACUCGGCGUAACAUCAGAGACAUGUUCCUCACAGAUGAAGAUACCGUCUCCCGUGCCAUAAGCGAUCCAGGUUUGCAUAUGGACUCAGCCCACUCGGAAGUCAGCACCGACUCUGGCCACGAUUCCUUGUUCAACCGCCCCGGGCUGGGCACGAUGGUGUUCCGGCGCAACUACGUGAGCAGCGGGCUCUUUGGGAUCGGCCGGGAGGACACUGGCGCGCUGGGAGAAAGCAACGCCGACGGGGUAGGUGUCAAACUGCGGAGCCGCCUGCAGCGCUCGCCAAGUCUCAACGACAGCAUUGGCAGUGCCAACAGCCUGCAGGAGAGGAACGCAGAGGAGCUGCCCUGGGACGAGGUGGAGCUGGGCUUAGAUGAUGAUGAUGAACCAGAUACCAGCCCCUUGGAGACUUUCCUGGCUUCUCUGCACAUGUUUGAGUUCAUCUCCAUCUUGAAGAAGGAAAAGAUUGACUUGGAGGCCCUCAUGCUAUGCUCAGACAAUGAUCUGAAAAGCAUCAACAUCCCACUGGGUCCCAGGAAAAAGAUUGUGGAUGCCAUCCAGCGGAGACGGCAGACUUUGGAGAGGCCAGACGUCAUCGUGGACACUGAACUGUAA